CACUCUCUCACCCACUUCAGCCUACGCCUUUUCUAUUUCUGUGGCUGGCGCAUCCAACAUCUUGAGCUUCCACAAACCGCAAUCAUGGCGGAGGCCCCUAUUGUCCUCGAUGGCGGAACCGGCUUCCUCAAGGUUGGCUACGCGGCCCAGAACUUCCCCGAAUUCCAAUACCCCUCUAUCGUCGGAAGACCGAUCCUGCGUUCCGAAGAAAAGGGCGACCCCACCUCUGUAAUUAAGGAUAUCAUGUGUGGUGACGAAGCAGCGGCAGCGAGGACCAUGUUACAGGUCUCAUACCCGAUGGAGAAUGGCAUUGUCAAGAAGUGGGAUGAUAUGCAGCACCUAUGGGACUAUACUUUCUACGAGAAGAUGAAGGUGGACACGACAGGGCGGAAGAUCCUCCUGACAGAGCCGCCUAUGAACCCUCUCAAGAACAGGGAGCAGAUGUGCGAAGUUAUGUUUGAGCGGUACCAGUUCGGCGGCGUAUACGUUGCCAUCCAGGCAGUUCUCGCGCUUUACGCACAAGGUCUCUCAUCCGGUGUCGUUGUCGACUCCGGUGACGGUGUAACCCACAUUGUCCCUGUCUACGAAUCCACCGUUCUAAACCACCUCACGCGCCGCCUCGAUGUCGCCGGCCGCGACGUAACCCGCAACCUAAUCUCCCUGCUCACCCGCCGCGGAUACGCCCUCAACCGUACCGCCGACUUCGAGACCGCGCGCCAGAUCAAGGAGAAGCUCUGCUACGUCUCGUACGACCUGGAGUUGGACAAGAAGCUCUCCGAGGAAACUACCGUCCUGGUAGAGAGCUACACCCUCCCCGACGGCCGCGUCAUCCGCGUCGGCAGCGAGCGCUUCGAAGCCGCCGAAUGCCUCUUCCAGCCCCACCUCGUCGACGUCGAGCAACCCGGCAUCGCCGAGUUCCUCUUCAACACCAUCCAGGCCGCUGACGUCGACGUGCGCUCCUCCCUCUUCAAGGCCAUCGUGCUCUCAGGCGGCAGCAGCAUGUACCCCGGCCUGCCGUCGCGCCUCGAGAAGGAGCUCAAGCAGCUGUGGCUCACGCGCGUUCUGGGCGGGAACCCAGAGCGCUUGGGCAAGUUCAAGGUGCGCAUUGAGGACCCGCCGAGGAGGAGACACAUGGUGUUCCUGGGUGGCGCGGUGCUGGCGAAUAUCAUGGCGGAUAAGGAGGCGAUGUGGAUUAGCAAGCAGGAGUGGGAGGAGCAGGGGGCGCGGGCGCUGGAGAAGCUCGGACCGAGAUAGAGAGGGGGGUAGAUGAUAGAGAUGGGGGGAGGUAAGUGGUUCAUAGCGACAAAAUUAUAUAUCUUUCUCAUGGUCACGAAAGGAAUGUCUGCAGAGCUACGUGGGAAACAAUAGGAGUG